AUGCUGGAGAGAGUUUGGAAGUGGAUGGGAGGAGAAAGUGCCGCCCAACAAGAAGAUUUGCGGGUGUUUUUUGAAGAGACCACGUCACUCUGUUUCAAAGAAUGUGUUAAGCCGUCUAGAUUUUCGUUCCUAGCAAAGAAAACACUCACCGAGAAAGAGAAAAAGUGUGUAACAGCCUGCACCCUCAAGAAAGUGCAGCUGUUCAUGGAGAUAGAGGAAGAGCUGGCAAAGAAAUUCAGUAAGUAA